GUCGGAAACGCUACGUUUCGUAGUUGACGUUUGUGCGGUCUUCGGUAUCGACAUAAAUAACACCCAACGAUUUCAGCUGUGAAACACGACAAUACUAACACAAACAUUUGUAAAUAAAACACACAAAUAUAGUAUACGUUACGUAACGCGUGAUAUAGUAUAUUUUACAUAGAAUGUGUACAAAAUGUGUUGAUAAUAAAUAGUGCAGUGUUUUUAGUAAAAUAUUGUAUUUUUGAAUGAUGAAUAUUUGAACACACGUGUGUUUGCUGUUAAUCGAUUGUUACCAGAAUGUCACUGAAGAAAGAGUCUCGCACGGACGUGCAGUUCCACCUGGCGGCCUUGAGGGGGGACUGUGACAAGCUACGGCAGCUCCUCGACACCGGGAAGGUUCACAUCGACUCCAGGGAUCGGGAUGGCACCACUCCACUCAUCCUGUCAGCCGCGAUGGGCCACACGGAGUGUGUGCGGGAGCUGCUGGCGCAGGGCGCAGACCCUGCCUGCAGCAGAACGACGGGAACGAGUGCGCUGUUCUUCGCAGCGCAGGGCGGCUUCCUUGACAUCGCGCGCCUCCUGCUCGACGCCGGCGCCGCUAUCGACGCUCCCAGCAUGGACGGCGGCACACCUUUGUUCGUGGCGUGCCAGUGCGGCCAUCUGCCGGUCGUCGAAGAGCUCAUACGAAGAGGAGCGAACGUCAACUCCUCUAUGAAGGACAAGGCGAGUCCCCUGUUCAUAGCGGCACAGAACGGGCACGAGGAGGUGUGUGUGGCGCUAGUGGGCGCGGGCGCGGCUGUGGACGGCGCGCGCGCGGACCGCGCCACGCCGCUGUGGAUCGCCGCGCAGUGCGGGCAUCAGCAUGUGGCCAGGCUGCUGCUGGCCGCCGGGGCCUGCGUGGACCAUGUGCGCCAGGAUGGUGCAACACCCCUGUUCAAAGCUGCACACAAGGGUCACUCGGCGGUGGUUGUCGAACUGCUCAAAUAUAAACCCAACCUUGGAUUACUUCCUAACGGUCAGUCGGCCCUGCACGGCGCGGCCAUGUUCGGGCAGCUGGCGUGCGUGCGGCUGCUGGCGCGGCGCGGCGGGCGCGCGGGGCUGGCGCUGCGCGGCGCGGGCGGCCUGACGCCGGCGCAGGCCGCCGCCGCCGCGCAGCGACACGACGUGCUCGCCUACCUGCGCAGGCUCGAGCGGGAGCUCGACACAUGA